ACCCCCGUCUCCCAAAAUGGAAAAAGAGGAAUGAAGAACGCUGCAAACACUCCACCAACCCCAAGUCUCCCAGAAUGCAUAAAUAUGGCGUCGCACACCGGGAAGUUGAGUAGGUGACGGAGAAGGACGCUAUUCAAAACCCUGAGACUCUGAAGAGCGAUUGAAAGCCGUGCGUCUGAUGGCUGUUUCAUUGAAAGCUAGUGGCUUCCUUUGUUUGAAGAAAGCUGAGAGCCAAUCACCCGUUCUUUUUCCCUCUCGGAAGUCCUCAGUCUCCAUUGGCAAGCGUUUCACGCCAAUGGCUGCUCUUACCGCCGCCCCUGCUGCUGGUAUCACUGAGACUUUCACCAAUUUGAGAAAGCAAGGCAAAGUGGCGUUGAUUCCUUACAUCACCGCCGGUGAUCCUGAUCUUUCAGUUACCGCGGAAGUACUUAAGAUUCUGGCCUCAUCAGGAUCAGAUAUAAUCGAGCUAGGUGUUCCAUAUUCUGAUCCUUUGGCGGAUGGUCCUGUUAUUCAGGCUGCUGCUACCCGUUCCUUGGCAAGAGGGACCAACUUGGACGCUAUUCUUUCAAUGUUGAGGGAGGUGAUUCCUCAAGUGUCUUCUCCUAUUUCCUUGUUCACAUACUACAACCCGAUUCUUAAGCGUGGAAUUGACAAAUUUAUGUCGACUGUGAAAGAUGUUGGUGUCAAAGGACUUGUUGUCCCAGACGUUCCUCUCGAGGAGUGUGAUCAUUUGAGAAUGGAAGCCGUCAAGAAUAAGCUUGAGCUGGUGCUGCUCACAACGCCUAGUACUCCGAAAGAUCGAAUGAAAGACAUUGUUGAGGCAUCAGAAGGAUUUAUCUAUCUUGUGAGUACACUUGGAGUUACUGGCGCCCGUGCCAACAUAAGUGGACGGGUUCAACAUCUUUUGCAGGAAAUUAAGGAGGCGACAACUAAACCUGUAGCGGUUGGCUUUGGCGUAUCCAAACCCGAGCAUGUGGCGCAGGUUGCUGGGUGGGGAGCUGAUGGGGUGAUUAUAGGCAGUGCAAUUGUGAAGCUGCUUGGUGAUGCAAAAUCCCCCGAGGAAGGUUUGAAGGAACUAGAGACUUUCAUGAGAUCCUUAAAAUCUGCACUUCCUUGAAUGCAUGCAUCGUCAUUUUAUAGAACAUUUACAUCUGUAACCUGUUCCUGCUGCAAUCCGAUGAACUUUUUAUGUAUUAAUCAAAGUCGUGAAAUAACAGUAGCUGUUUCUUC